CGGAUGAUGUUUUAUUAUCUCACAGAACUUCUUGAACUCAGUAGAGAACGGGUCUUUUUGUCGUCCUGGUCUGGAGGAGGACCUGGAUCCGGGUCUGUCUGCGGGGGAAGCUGACCUCUUUCUGGUGCUUUUCUUGCAAGUGGAAGAUUUUGGGUUUUCCGCCGGAGCCUGAGAUGGGUUUUGUAUGUGACCCCAGAGAAGAGCGGGUUUCUGUUUAGUUCUUUCUGGACUCUAUCAGGCGCGCGGGGCCCUAAAGACCCGGAGAAACCUGCUCCAGUCCUUCCGGAUCCUCCAGAGAAGUGGUAAUGUUAGCCGUGGGUCAGAUGGACGGGUCCCGACAGAGCGCCUUCCUCCUCAGUACCCCCCCUUUGGCAGCUCUGCACAGCAUGACCGAGAUGAAGACCCCGCUGUACCCGGCGUACCCGCUCUCCUCCACCGGCCCCAACUCCUCUACCUCACCGGCCACCACCUCUCCCAACCCGGGCGGCAUGGCCGUGUCCUCCCCGGGGCUCAAGAGCUCCACGGGGCUGUCCUCCGGGCUCGGCUCCCCGCAGCUGUGCUCCUCCGCCACCCCUCACGGAAUAAACGACAUCCUGAGCCGGCCCACCGCCGCCUCCUCCGCCGGCGCCACGGUCUCCGUGGCCGCCGCCGCCGCCUCCUCCUCGGCGGGGAUCCUGUCCGGGCUGCCCCGGUUCAGCAGCCUCAGCCCGCCGCCGCCUCCCGGACUUUACUUCAGCCCCAGCGCCGCGGCGGUGGCGGUGGCUCGGUACCCGAAGCCCCUGACGGAGCUGCCGGGCAGGACGCCGAUCUUCUGGCCGGGAGUCAUGCAGAGCCCGCACUGGAGGGACGCCAGAUUUGCGUGUUCACCGCAUCAUAACUCCGUGUUACUGGACAAAGACGGGAAAAGGAAACACACGCGCCCCACGUUUUCUGGACAGCAAAUAUUCGCGCUGGAAAAGACUUUUGAACAGACUAAAUACCUGGCGGGGCCGGAGAGAGCCCGGCUGGCCUACUCCCUGGGCAUGACCGAGAGCCAAGUCAAGGUCUGGUUUCAGAACAGACGGACUAAGUGGAGGAAAAAGCACGCGGCGGAGAUGGCCACCGCCAAGAAGAAGCAGGACUCGGAGACGGAGAGGCUGAAGGGGACCUCGGACAACGAAGAGGAGGACGACGACUACAACAAGCCCCUGGACCCGAACUCGGACGACGAAAAGAUCACCCAGCUGCUGAAGAAGCACAAGCCGGGCCCCGCGCUGCUGCUGCACACGUCGGAGAACGACAGCUCGUAACUCCGCGGGCAUGAACCGGACUCUCGGAGCCGGACUCUCGGAGCCGGACUCUCGGAGCCGGACUCUCCUGCUGCAGACUGCUUUAUUUCUGGAGGCCGGUGUCCGGACAGACUGAGGAGCUGGACUAACAUGUUAAGGCCCCAAAAACAGAAGGACUGGACUCAGAAGACUGAACUUGUAAAUAGAAGCGUGAGUUGUGUCCGACAGAAACGACCUGCUGUGAAUAAGUUCCGUGUUUCUGUGCAGACCCCAGAUCAGCUGAAAACACCCGCAGUUUAUUUCGUUUUCUAUUUCAGUAAGUCCUCCUCCAGCGGGGCCGCGAAGGCCUCCUCACACAUCAGUCUCAAAUUAGGAGGGAGACCCUGAACGCACCACACGCACCUGUACAGACACGCGAAGCGGCAGAAAUAUUUCCUCUCACACACGUUUUUAUUUAUAUGUUUUAAGUUGUGACUGGCGCCUGCGCAGUGGUGUAUCAAAGCAGGUUAAUGUAAUGCACUUUUAUUUAAUAAAAAACUCAAAUGUUU